UGUGGAGGAAAACUGGAGAUAUAUGUGCACUGAAAUUUGACCUUGUAUUACGAGAAAUCUUUAUUUUGCUCGUCAGUGGACGCGUUAAGAAGAUACUGAGGAUACUGUUGCUCUGCAGUUGGGUCACUACAAAUGUGAAAGAGGGGGAAAGUCAAUAAACAGACAGACAGACAGACUGACCUUGAGUUUGGGUUUGUUGUUUGUGAUAAGCUGUUUAUCUUCAGGCUUUUCCCGUCAUGAAUAUGGAUGAGGACAGCAGAGUACCUGAAGAUCUCUCUCUAGCAGAAAGAGAUGAACUGUCCAACAUUCGACGAAGGAAAAAAGAACUACUAGAUGACAUUGAACGAUUAAAGUUUGAGAUUGCUGAAGUGAUGACAGAGAUUGAACAUUUAACAUGUAUGGGAGAGACAAAAACCACUCAGAGGAAUAAGCAGAUGGCUAUUGGAAGAAAGAAAUUCAAUAUGGAUCCUAAAAAGGGUAUCCAAUUUCUUUUGGAUAAUGACCUUUUACAACACACACCUGAGGACAUUGCACAGUUCCUGUACAAAGGAGAGGGCUUGAAUAAAACGGUCAUCGGAGAUUAUUUAGGAGAAAGGGAUGAUUUCAACAUCAGCGUCCUGCAGGCCUUUGUGGAACUUCAUGAGUUUGCAGACCUCAACCUGGUGCAAGCUUUACGGCAGUUUCUGUGGAGCUUCAGACUCCCAGGUGAGGCUCAGAAGAUUGAUCGGAUGAUGGAAGCUUUCGCAUCGCGAUAUUGCCAGUGCAACCCAGGCGUCUUCCAGUCCUCAGACACAUGCUACGUUCUGUCAUUCUCCAUCAUUAUGCUCAAUACCAGCCUGCAUAACCCCAAUGUCAGGGACAAGCCCACUGUUGAGAGAUUCAUCUCUAUGAACCGUGGCAUCAAUGAAGGUGGCGAUCUGCCUGAGGAACUGCUCAAGAAUUUAUACGAAAGCAUUAAAAAUGAGCCCUUCAAAAUCCCUGAAGAUGAUGGCAAUGAUCUGACACACACGUUCUUCAAUCCAGACAGGGAAGGGUGGCUGCUGAAGCUAGGAGGAAGAGUGAAGACAUGGAAAAGAAGAUGGUUCAUUCUCACUGAUAACUGCUUGUAUUACUUUGAAUAUACAACAGACAAAGAGCCUCGAGGGAUCAUUCCCCUGGAGAACCUUAGUAUAAGAGAUGUGGACGAGCCAAGAAAACCAAACUGCUUUGAGCUCUACAACCCAAGUCAUAAAGGUCAGGUGAUCAAGGCAUGUAAAACAGAGGCGGACGGCAGGGUUGUAGAGGGGAACCACGUGGUGUACAGAAUAUCAGCCCCUACUCCUGAGGAGAAAGAGGAAUGGAUCAAAUCCAUCAGAGCCAGCAUCAGCAGGGACCCUUUCUACGAGAUGCUGGCAAGCAGAAAGCGGCGUGUCGCCACAAAGAAGUGACAGCAGGAUGAGCCAGAAAGCUGAUCUCUAAUAGAGACUCUAUUGUCAGCUCAUCUACAGGGGCGCGUAUGAAAUCACUCUGGAACCUGAAGGAGGUUCACUACAAGACACAGAGACCUCCACUCUGAGCUUCAAAGACUCUCAGCAGUUAAACACUUCAUGGCUGGUGCAUACUUUAAUCUGGUAAUCUGUAGAAAAGCUACACUAUUCGUCAUUUAUUGGUGAAAAAAAUGGACAUUUGCUUGUGGUGUGACUCUCAAACAUACAGUACCAGUUACAAGUUUGGACACACCUUCUAAUUAAAUGCUUUUUCGUUAUUUUUAUCAUUUAAAAGACACUUCAUGUCUUAAAGUAAUGAUAGACUGUUGUUUCUCUACUUAAUUGAGCGGUUUCUUAAUAUAAUAUAGAUUAGUAGAGUUGUUAUUUACUCUUUGAUCCCAAACGUAUUAAGAAGGCAAGAAAUUGCGCUGAUUAACUUUUGACGAGACACACCUGUUAAUUGAAACGCAUUCCACGUGACUACCUCAUGAAGCUGGUUAAGAUAAAGCGUCAUCAAGAUAAAUGGAUGCCACUUUGAAGAAUCUAAAAUAAUAUAUAAAUAUAUUUGGGCACGGGUGGCACGGUGGUGUAGUGGUUAGCACUGCCGCCUCACAGCAAGAAGGUCCUGGGUUCUAGCCCAGCGGCCAACGAGGGCCUUUUUGUGUGGAGUUUGCAUGUUCUCCCCGUUUCCUCUGGGUGCUCCGGUUUCCCCAACAGUCCAAAGGCAUGCAGGUUAGGCUAAUUGGUGGCUCUAAAUUGACCAUAGGUGUGAGUGUGAAUGGUUGUCUGUGUCUAUGUGUCAGCCCUGCAAUGACCUGGCGACUUGUCCAGGGUGUACCCUGCCUCUCGCCCAUAGUCAGCUGGGAUAGGCUCCAGCUUGCCUGCGACCCUGUAGAAUAGGAUAAGCAGCUACAGAUAAUGGAUGGAUGGAUAUUUGGGCACUGCCUAAAAGUGGAGCUCCCAAUGAGUGAAUGAGCAAAAUAUUUUCAAGGGCACAAAAUCAACCUGAAUAGUAUAAUAAUAUAGCAUGUGAACCAAUGAAUUAUAUAGUGUAGUGUAUUUUGUGUCAAUAAAUUGCUGCAUUGUCUUGUGACCGUGAUACCAAUAAUGAAAGGCACAUCGCAGUUAUGAAUACAUAUUUGUUCCUUUCUUUGACACCGCAUGCCAUGCACCAGCAAUAACACCACAACAUUUAUUAUGGUGUGACUCUGCUGGGUGCCUGUUGGACAGCAGUGAAUCACUUUUUUCACUUUUGUCAAUUAUCCAACUGUCACGUCCGUGCUCCUCAGAUGGCACCUCGUGCACAAGCUUAUUCGGACUAAUUGCCAGUACCUGUUCCUGAUCAGAGCCCUAUCACAGCUCGCACUUAUAAGGACUCUCAGUAACACACAGACUUUGUGAAGUGUACAUUCUGUACCCUGCCUCUGACUUUACGCAGCUUUGUAUUUUGUAUUUCCUGGCUUUGAAUUGCAUUUGUGUUCUUGGAUUUUAUUCCUUUGUCUUUCCCGUGGAUAUCCUGUCUGUGCCUUGCUUGACCAUUGCCUGUUUUUCAACUCUGUCUCUGUCUGAUGUCUCUGGAUCUGUUUGUUAGUGUGUUUAUUAAUCAACUCUUUCUGCACUUACAUCCAUCUAUUGCCCAAAUCCAUGCCACCAACAGUUUAGUGGACUAAUAAAAUUGUUUUAACUAGUUUUAUAUGAAACUGUCAAGAAUAUUUUCUGUAAAAUUUGUUAGUAAAUAAUCCCACUUUAUUUUUUAAAAAACAAAUUAAAAAUAAGCACUAGAUAAAAACACAUCCAGUGUAUCUUUAUUUCCAUCUCUCUCAUGGAAAUACAGAUACAAAUUUCGUUGGCCAGUGGUCAAGUGUUUGAGAUACGUUGCCUUGCACUUAUGAUCAAGUUUCCUGUGAUAGUACACAUUCAUAUGUAUGGAUGUUGUAAGGUCAAGCCAUUAAAAAUCUAGUGGCUACAUUCUCUGAAUUAUGGAGUUCCACUUUGCGCAUGGGGACCUCCACUAUGAAACGUUUUUAAUAUGUGUUAUAAAAAUGUUAACUUUUUUUGUUUACCACAUAAUUCCAUGUAUGUUCCAUAUGUUAUUUCAUAGUUUUGAUGUUUUCAGUAUUGUUCUACAAUGUAGAAAAUAGUCAAAGUACAGAAAAAACAUAUGAAUCAGUGUGUCCAAACUUUUGACUGGUACUGUACAUUUAAGGAAGGCUGUGAUUGUAACAUAUUCCCUCUACUAAACUCUUGAGACUCAGCAGGAGAAUGAAACACACUGACAUUGCUGAGGAGAGUCGGUGCUACACUGCCCUCUAUGGAUCAACUGUAGUAAUUACCACACAUGCUUACUAAUACCUUCUGUUGUAAAAUUGGACUCUCACAUUAUCAUUACCUUAUGGACAUCUAUUUACCUCAGAACAGAGAUGCUGAUUGCAAUGCAAACAGGUCAAAAUAAAUGUGGGGCCCAAAAUUUUCUGCAGUUUGCUCAAAACAGGGAAGCUUUUAGUAAACAAAAUUAUUCUAUUAUUUAAAAUUAUUUGAUGAUCACAGAUAUCUUGUGAUCAAAAUCAGCAGGACUGAGUGUAGAGUUUUGCAUACUAUGUUGUUUUUAAACACAGACUUUGGUUAAAGGAUUUUAUUAUAAUAAACUAUUUAUGUUCUCCUCAUUGUCCCUAUUGUCUAACUCUGGCUUUCCCACUAAAUCACAGGCCAGAUUCCCUGCAGCCUAACUGAUAUAAACAAAGUGUAUAAUGAUGUAAUUGUGUUGCUCUUGCUAUGAAGACUAGGAGCUGCAGCAAAGGUAUGCUGGUCCAACUGGAAAAAAAUAGGACAAGGGUUAUGAGUAUUUUUGUAAUCUUAAACUAGUAUUAAUUGGUGAAGGUUUGGGUGGUGACAGGAAGCAACGCUUGCAAAAAAAAAAAAGUGAAUGUCUACUGUGAAAACCAAAAUUCAUUAAGUGAUGAUAAAUAAAAUGCAAAUUUUAAGAAUAAA